CGCAUGCGUACUACGAGAAGAAAAUGUAUACGGGAUUAUUAGUAGAACCAGCUGGCGAGGAGCAAAGCGAGUAGGAUGGAAGCUGUUACUUCUUUAUAGUUAGAUUUAAGACAUUUACAGUGCGGAUAAAAACGAGACUUAUUAAAGCGUCGACGUGUUGAGUUAAUUCGGAGUGGUUUGAGCGCUGUGUAAGAUGGAAUGGAGUGUGUGUAGCAGGGCCCUUGUGUGGUGCAUUUACACCGCGCUGUUCAGCAGCUUGCUAUGGAUGGCCGAUUGCAGUCGCAGCAGUGUCUCCCUGCCCGAGAGUUUACUCUUUGUUUCCACUCUGGAUGGAAACCUGCACGCCGUCAGCAAGCGCUCCGGCGCGAUUAAGUGGACACUUAAGGAAGAUCCUGUUCUUCAGGUCCCAACCCAUGUGGCUGAGCCUGCAUUUCUGCCUGACCCUAAUGAUGGAAGCCUGUACUCACUGGGAGGGAAAAACAAUGAGGGAUUGACGAAACUUCCAUUCACCAUUCCUGAGCUGGUCCAGGCUUCCCCCUGCCGUAGUUCUGAUGGAAUCCUUUACAUGGGUAAGAAACAGGACGUGUGGUAUGUGGUAGAUCUGCUGACAGGAGAAAAGCAGCAGACUCUCACCUCCUCUUUUGCUGAGACACUGUGUGCAUCGUCGUCACUUCUUUACCUAGGUCGAACAGAGUACACCAUCACUAUGUUUGACACCAAGAGCCGAGAACUGCGAUGGAAUGCCACAUAUUCUGAUUAUGCAUCCACACUUCCUGACGAUGACACCAAAUACAAGAUGGCUCACUUUGUUUCGAACGGCGACGGCCUGGUCGUGACCGUAGACAGCGAAACGGGCGCAGUGCAGUGGGUGCAGAACUACGACUCUCCAGUGGUGGCAGUAUACAUGUGGCAGCGUGAGGGUCUGCGCAAGGUACCACAUACAAACGUAGCUGUAGAGACGCUGCGCUACCUCACCUUCACCUCAGGUCAGGUUGGACGCAUUACACAGUGGAAGUAUCCAUUCCCUCAAGAGAGGAAGCUGGAGGACAAACUGAUGUCCACUUUGUAUGUGGGGAAGUACUCUACAAGCCUCUAUGCAUCUCCCUCUCUGGUGCAUGAUGGAGUUACUGUUGUGCCACGUGGUAGCACUUUUCCAAUGUUGGAGGGUCCUAGUAGCCAGGAGGGCAGUGUGGACGAGGACCAAGAGUGCGUCAUCACUCCCAGCACCAGUGUCAAAUUCAAUGCAGCUUUGAAGGAGCGGAACCGUAUCAACUACAUGAGGAACUACCUCCUGCUUAUAGGUCAUCACGAGACUCCUCCCGAGGCUCAUAAGAAGAUUCUGGAAAAAUUUCCAGAGGGUUUUCCUCGUCAGCACAGCAAUGUCAUUCCUCCUGCUUCAGAGCAAAAUAUUGAGGAGAAGGUGAAUGAAAGUGGUAUGGAGGAUAGCACCCCUUUGCCCCCUCCUGUCCAUUCUCUCCAGGAGAAGCAUCCUCGCCCACCCCGCUCUGAAGCACCUGUCGACUCCAUGCUCAAAGACAUGGCCACCAUUAUCUUCAGCACUUUCCUUCUGGCUGGCUGGGUUGCCUUUAUCAUCACUUACCCCAAGAGCAUGCAGAAGCAGCAGCAGCUGCAGCACCAACAGUUCCAGCGGCAAAUGGAAGAGAAAUUGGAGCUCUUACAGAAACAGCAGCUGCUCUUCCAGCCGCCCGGCGACCUGCUGCCCGACGGUGAUUUCCUGGAGGUGGCUCGUGGCCGCGCCGAGAGCUCGGGCCAAAGCAGUGCUAACGCCACACCACGUGCCUCCAAUCACUCCAACAUGUCUCAUUCGGAACCAGGGGGGUCUGCCGCCGAGCAUGAGGAUGGAGAAGACGAGUCCAGCAUUGUUCGAGUCGGAAAUAUUACUUUUAAUCCCAGGAGUGUUCUUGGACAUGGGGCUGAGGGCACCAUUGUAUACAGGGGUCAUUUUGAUAACCGGCAGGUGGCGGUGAAAAGAAUUCUCCCAGAAUGCUUCAGCUUCGCAGACCGGGAGGUGCAGUUGUUGCGUGAAUCGGAUGAGCACCCCAACGUCAUCCGCUACUUUUGCACGGAGCGUGACCGUCAGUUCCAGUACAUCGCUAUUGAGUUGUGUAGCGCUACUCUACAAGAGUACGUAGAGCAAAAGGAUUUUAAUCGCCAUGGGCUGGAACCGGUGACCAUGCUGCAGCAAACCAUGUCUGGUCUGGCACAUCUGCAUUCGCUCAAUAUAGUUCACAGAGAUCUAAAGCCACACAACAUCCUGGUGUCUAUGCCGAAUGCCCACGGGCGUGUUCGUGCCAUGAUCUCAGAUUUUGGCCUGUGUAAGAAGCUGGCUGCUGGCAGACACAGUUUCAGCAGGAGGUCUGGUGUUCCUGGCACAGAGGGGUGGAUAGCACCUGAGGUGCUUAGUGAAGAUGCCAAGCACAACCCAACAUGCAAAGUGGACAUCUUUUCUGCCGGCUGCGUGUUUUACUACGUGGUGUCACAGGGAUGUCAUCCAUUUGGAAAGUCCCUGCAGCGGCAAGCUAACAUUCUCCUGGGAGUUUAUUCACUGGACCACUUGCAGCCAGAAAAGCACGAAGACAUUGUGGCCAUGAACCUGGUCGAGCAGAUGUUGAGCAUGGAGCCUGAGAAGAGACCGUCAGCAGAACGAGUGCUCAAACAUCCCUUUUUCUGGAGCUUGGAAAAGCAGCUGCAGUUCUUCCAGGACGUGAGUGACCGAAUAGAGAAGGAGCCACUAGAUGGACCAAUCGUGAGGCAGUUGGAAAGAGGAGGGCGGGCCGUAGUGAAAGGAGACUGGAGGGAACAUAUCACGUUGCCUUUACAAACAGAUCUCCGCAAAUUCCGCUCCUACAAAGGUGGCUCUGUUCGAGAUCUUCUGCGGGCCAUGAGAAACAAGAAGCACCAUUACCGUGAGUUACCUGAGGAGGUUCGAGAGACACUGGGCUCCAUUCCUGAUGACUUUAUCUCCUACUUCACAUCGCGUUUUCCCCAGCUGCUUCUUCACACACAUGUGGCCAUGCGAUUGUGUGCCCAUGAGCGUCUAUUUCUCCCCUACUACCACAGCUCAGAGCUGCCUUCACGGACCAUUAACACACAGCCUGAGCCCAAACCCCUAGAGCCAAGUCAAAAGGACCUAUCUACAUUCACACACUCAGAACCCACAGAACUGCCUUUAGGGCCAGAUAUCCUCCCACCAUCAGAUUCUCCAGUACUGCCUGAACACACUGAAUAUGUGCAGCAGGAGCAAAAUGCCUUCUCAGUGCCGUCCAGGCACGAAGAUUCUGCUCUGUAGAAGAAAGGGGACGUUGGUUUUGUUAUUCUUAAUGGACACUUCUCUUGGAGUUGCUACAGUGCAGGCCUGCAGUGCCUAAUCUGUGUUACCUACACGAGGUGCCAUCCCUUCUCGUAGUGCCUUACCCAUUUAAGAUAAAAUGGCUCUUUUCAGAGCUGCCCAGUUCCUGGUGAAGCUAGGCAAGUCUGGAUUCGAUCCUGUUAUUUGGACCAUGGAAUUCUAAUAAGAAGCUGAACUUUUUUUUUUAUUAUAAAAACUCUUUUGUAAAUGCUGAAAACUGUGACGCUUGCAAACGCAUGAGACGAAGACUAUUUGUAUUGAACUGUAAAAUUUAUUCUACUGUGCAAUGUCAGUGAUAUUCAGAGACCUUGCUGUUAAAUCGAUAUAUUUUCGUACAUAUCUUGAUUGGUGAUAAUCAGUCAGCAUGGCCAGUGUGCCUUUUUAAACCCGCUGUUCCCCCCUGUGUUGGCAGUGUGAAGUCAGGGGAGAUAACUGUUCCCGCCUGUUGCUAUGCUGCUGCUGACCUCAUUUGUAUACAAAGGGAACUGGAAUAUUUGUCAUGAAAUACAUUUCCGUUUUUUUUUUUUUUUUUAUCAUCAUCAUCGCUUCUUAGUUGCAAAUUACAGUGUACAGUUUAUAUGUUGAGACAUAAUUAAUAUAAAUGUAAAAUCAAAUGUAUUUUUAAAAUUUUGUCUAUGGCUGUUAAAAAUAUUUUAGACAGAAAUUUUUAAUAGGUGUCAGUUACAAAAACAAGUAUCAGGCCUGAAGAAUAGAUCAAGUUUCAGAAGUAUCCAAGCAAGUAGUUUAUUUCUCAUCAAAUUAGGUCUCAUCCUCUUCCCUGCUAUUGAAUGUAUGCACACUUGGGCCACAUUCGAGCACAGCUUAAAUGAAUGCAGGUCCAAAAUUAUCCACAUUUUAAUGCAUUAACUAGGAACCAUAGCCACACAGUUAGCUUUACAUGUACAAAUUUGUUUGUGAUUGUCCCUGAGGGGCACAUUAAUUUAUUUACAUUUCUUCUUUUUUUUUUUCACAUGUUGAAGAAAAGUCCAAGAUCGUGUUUGAUCUUUUUUUUUUUUAUAUCAUUAUUAUUAUUAUUAUUAUUAUUAUUAUUAUUAUUAAAAGCUGCUAUUGUACAAUGCUAAACUUUUAAUUAAAUCAUUACAACCUAA